AUGGGUAAUGGUGUUAAUAAUGCAGGAAUUGGUGGUAGUGGCUCGAACCAGAAUAUGCAUAAUCAGAACCAACAUGUAAACUUAAAUAGUUUAAUACAAGAAAUUAAUAUUCCACCCGAGCUAUUAAGUCAACCAAAUUUUAUAGAAGAGUUGAACAUGCAAUUUGCACUACAAUGUUCAAUAAUGAAUAAAAACAUUAACAACAACAGUAUUAACAACAUUAAUUCAUCAGAAAAUGGACGACCCAAUACAAUCUCCGAUACAAAUCCAUUCAGAAGUACUACUAC